GGACUCCUCCUCCUCCUUCUCCUCUCCCUCCCCUGGCACACCGCCCUUUUUCACUCCUUCCCUCAUCUCUCCUUUGCUUUCAACCUUUCGUCCACCUCGAGACGCCCAGACGGGCGCUGUCCCCAAGUACUCUCUUAUUCACUUUUCUCUGACGUCCAGCUUUCGAGCUCUGACGAAUACCCCUACUUCUCCUCCCCUUAUAAAGAAAGGGUGUUUUCUUUAGCCUGACAAUCACGUCUAACACCCACGGAAUCCCCCAGCCUAGCUCCGCUCCUAAGCCCAGCUGUACCCCGGCCCUCCGAAUCUCGUCUUCCCUACGAAUAUUCCAUAAUCCUGUGCCCCACCCACAAACUAGACUGAAACUCGGGGUGCUGAGAUACUUGUAGACUAGAGGGAGGCUUCUACAAGAAACCUGCUGCUGUUCCUGCUGCCUCCAGGGCCGUUACCAAUCUCAUCCUCCGUCUCCCCAGAAGCCCACGGGGGGCCGCACGCAUCUUUCCUGCUGGAGGAGCCAGCGAGGGUGUCCCCGGAGGAGGGCUGAGUCCCGAGAAUCUCCUGCGGAAGGCUCACAAGGGAGGGAAAAGCAAGGUAGGAUCAAGAAUCCUUAAUGAAAUAGCCAACCUGGGAGACAAAUCAAGAUCUCUAGCUGAAGAUGGCUUUCCAUGUGGAAGGACUGAUAGCCAUCAUUGUGUUCUAUCUUCUGAUAUUGAUGGUGGGAAUAUGGGCUGCUUGGAAAACCAAGAACAGUGGAAGUUCAGAAGAACGCAGUGAAGCCAUUAUAGUUGGUGGCAGAGAUAUAGGUUUGCUAGUUGGUGGAUUUACCAUGACUGCCACCUGGGUUGGAGGAGGUUACAUAAAUGGGACAGCUGAGGCAGUUUAUGUACCAGGUUAUGGUUUGGCUUGGGCACAAGCACCAAUUGGAUACUCACUUAGCCUGGUUUUAGGUGGUCUGUUUUUUGCAAAACCCAUGCGUUCCAAAGGGUAUGUGACAAUGUUAGAUCCAUUUCAGCAACUCUAUGGGAAGCGCAUGGGUGGACUCAUCUUUAUUCCUGCCCUAAUGGGGGAAAUGUUCUGGGCUGCAGCUAUUUUCUCUGCCUUGGGUGCAACCAUCAGUGUGAUUAUUGAUAUCAAUAUAAACAUUUCAGUUAUUGUUUCUGCCUUGAUUGCAAUUCUGUAUACCCUGGUGGGUGGACUCUACUCAGUUGCAUACACUGAUGUCGUCCAACUCUUCUGCAUAUUCUUGGGAUUGUGGAUCAGCGUGCCUUUUGCGAUGUCACAUAAUGCCGUUGCAGACAUUGGGUUCACUGCUGUGCAUGAACUUUUCCAGGACCCUUGGUUGGGAUCUCUUAAAUCAAAUGAAAUCUACACUUGGAUUGAUAAUUUUCUUUUACUGAUGAUGGGAGGAAUCCCAUGGCAAGCUUAUUUUCAAAGAGUUCUGUCAUCAUCUUCAGCAACCUAUGCUCAAGUUCUAUCCUUUCUGGCAGCUUUUGGGUGCCUACUGAUGGCCCUCCCAGCAAUACUUAUUGGAGCAAUUGGAGCAUCAACAGACUGGAAUCAGACUGCAUAUGGUCUUCCAGAACCCAUAGAAAGGCAAGAAGCAGAUAUGAUUUUACCCAUUGUUCUACAGUAUCUCUGUCCAGUAUAUAUUUCUUUCUUUGGCCUUGGUGCAGUAUCAGCUGCUGUCAUGUCAUCUGCAGAUUCUUCAAUCCUAUCAGCAAGUUCAAUGUUUGCUCGAAACAUUUACCAACUAUCAUUCAGACAAAAUGCAUCCGAUAGGGAAAUCGUCUGGGUUAUGAGAAUUACUGUGUUUCUUUUUGGAGCAGCAGCUACUGCAAUGGCACUAUUAGCCAAAUCUGUUUAUGGACUCUGGUAUCUCAGUUCUGACCUUGUUUACAUAAUCAUCUUUCCUCAACUCUUGUGUGUCCUUUUUGUCAAGGGAACCAAUACAUAUGGUGCCAUGAUGGGCUAUGUGCUUGGUCUUAUAUUCAGAAUAACUGGAGGAGAGCCAUAUCUUUACCUUCAACCACUGAUCUUAUAUCCUGGUCAUUACCGUGAUGAAGAUGGCAUUUAUCACCAGAGAUUCCCAUUUAAAACAUUUGCUAUGUUCAUCUCCUUCUUGACCAAUAUCUCUGUCUCUUACCUUGCCAAAUACCUAUUUGAAAGUGGAUCUCUGCCUCCCAAGUUAGACUUCCUUGAUGCUGUAGUUGCCAGGCACAGUGAAGAGAAUAUGGACAAGACAAUUCUGGUCAAAAAUGAAAAUAUUAAAUUAGAUGAGCUUGCACCUGUGAAGCCUCGGCAGAGUUUGACUCUUAGCUCCACUUUUACAAACAGAGAGGCCCUCCUUGACAUUGCUUCAAGCCCAGAAGGCUCCAGUACAGAAGAUAACUUGCAAUGACUCCAGUGAAAUGAAAUACUAUUUCCCUAGACAGGGUAUUACAAUCACAUAGCCAACAGAGGAUGAUAUGCAGCCUUUAAGGGAAAAGAUUAAGCAUAAGUAAGACUUCAAGAUGUUGUGUAACCAGAGUUAAACACCACUGCACCAAUCCAAGCCACAUCAAGAGGGAUGGGUGGGCAGCCUUCUAUGAAAUCAGUAAUUAUGUUUGCCACAUUCGUUAUUGUUUUAAUAACAUUUCUAGAUAAUUUUAUAAAUAUUCAGGAAUAGGGUCAUCUCCUAUUGGAAGGAGACAGCAGCAAGGGGUUUGUAGAGUAUUUUUCAAAAUGUAUGCAUUUUACAGGGGCUCCCUGGGAUGAGGGGGAUUGAUGAUCUCAAUCAAAGUCUUGUGAGGAGAUGACCCAUACAGAAAAAUAAGUAGUGAUUCUUUGACACUGACUAAGUUAACAGCAUAAUGUCAUCCUUCUAAAAAGUGUCCUGAAUUAGCUACUAAAUUGUUCUUGAAGUUAAGUUUCAAAAAAUCCUAUAACGUCUAUCUGAAAUAGAAGGCUGAACGUGUAUCAGUUCUGUAACUUAGUUUUUGUUUCUUCAGUUAGGGAUUUUCAUAAGAAUGGCUGCUAACCUAAUGUUUUGAGCCCAAACUGUAAAUUUAUGAAUAUCUUCAAGUGGGUGUUUUCUGAUGUUCAAGGUUUUAGCCAAACAAAAUCUGCUGUCAGAGAGGAACUUUGGUUCUCUGAGUAUGCCCACCAACAGUAUCUAUUUACAGAGUAUAUUUAGAAGCAGAAGAGAAUUAUUAGAAAACUUGGAAGCAAUAACUUGAGCUAGAAAUUUAACAAAAGGGGCUAGGGAAACAAUACAGAUUUAUGUUUUGCCUGAAGUAAAUAUAAUUUUGCCAUCAUGAAAAAAGAACAGUUUCUGGCUUUACUUUUGAAGUUGGCAUUGGAAGGAAAUAUCAAGGCAGAUGAACAUAAAUGUUGUUACCAGCACAGCUCAGGCUAAGCUUACUAAAAAGCAAAUUAUUAAAUCAUUGUGUAUCCUACUAAAUGUUUCCCACCAGCAUUUCACAUCCCUGGCAAUCAUCUUAAUAAUAGGAAAACUAGAAGACUAAAAACUACCUAUCCUUGGAUUUGGGCUAAUGGCGCAUGGCACAUUGUGACAUUUAGUCACUCCUAAACUCAUCCUCCAUUGAGUGGAUAAUCACAACAGAAGAGAAUCCAGUGAAUAUAAAAGCCAAGAUGAAAGUAGAGAAUCAGAAAAGUGGAAAUAAAUCCUGCUGCCAAAAGGAAGAAGCCAUCAAUUUUAACAUUUGGUGUUAUUACAACUUUCAUGAGGUUGCUCAUUAUGUUAUUUUUGCUCCUUUUCUGGAGUUUUAAAAAUAUAUGUGUACAUAUUAGUAUAUAUGUAUAAUUGUAUGCAUUCAUUUCAGAAUCUUAAAAUUCUUUGUCCAUCAACAACAUUUCAGUAGUAACAGAAGUUGUCUGUAAAAUUAAGGUUGGGAACUGAGCAAUUAGCAGAUAGAAAAGCUAAAUCAUUAUGGCCUGAAAUUUUAUUCUCCCAAUAAUUGAGUGUUGGCCCUAGACAGAUAUUAUCCAAAUUGAUCUAGCUUUCAAUAUAGAAUAUGAACAUCCAUAUUCCCGAAAAAAAAAAAAGAAUCAGUUCCUGGAUUUCCUUUAUAAUUUUCUAAAAGCACUGAAUGAAACAUAGAUAAAUUUCAUUCUAAGUAACUUUUAUGCACAGAAUUGAGCUUUCAGAGUAAACAGAAUAGGAAAGUUAAUCACUUUAUUAUCACAUGAAUUUCCAGAUCCUCAGGCUGUAUUUUAUCACAUUUUCAAUUGUUCGGCAAUACUUAUGAAGUGGGAUGGUAUGACCCACUCCCCACUGGCCACUAGAAAUACUCAGAUACAAUGAAAAUUCAAUGCAAGUAUUUGAUAAGACAAGAUAAGGACUGUGUUAGAUGUAGAGAAGAGAAACAUUCUCAGAGGCUAAGGUUAUAAAGUCAAAGAAUCCCCAGACAUGGAUGAAAUUCUGCUGGUCCAGGAGAAGGAUUCUGAGAAAGAGGAGGGAAGAGCCCAAAGCAACAAAGUGCUGGAAGUUUACAAAGGAAAAGUUGAACUACUGGGUAGAAAGGGCAAUUCCAAGAAUAAAUAAUGAUGAAGUUAUACUAGAAUUGCCAACAUGUCACAGAAGUAUCCAUCUAAAACCUAUCACUACAAUAUAAUUUCCAUUUGGGAUAGGGAAGAGUAUUUUUCCAAUGGGAACAGAACUCCAAAUUUAUAAUGGAAAUUGUUAGGGAAAUAGUCACUUUACAAAAAAAAAUCAGCCUUCUGGGUUCCUUCUAACUUUAAAUCUAUAAUUGUAUGAUCUGAAUAGAAAUUUGUUAGAACACACAUUUCGUAAAUUAAGAAAUUAUCUGCAUCUAUAGUAAGGUUAGAGUAAGUUCUAGACCUGUGAUUUUAUUGUAUUGGGAACCCUUAGGUAACGGAACUCCUUCUUUCAAAGCAGAUCUGCAUUUCCUCUGUGAUUUAAAGUGUUGGAGAGUUAGGCCCACUACUUGUGAGUAAAGCAUUCCUAUCAUGACUACAUACUUUAUUUUCAUAUGUUUUUAAAUGACUAGGAAUGACAUGCUUCCAUAUUUCUAGAUGUUUCAAGAGCUGAUGCAUAACAUCAAGCUUUUUGUUUGGUUAACUGAGAUGUUCAAGAUUAGCCCAAGUAAACUAUUCAAUAUAUUGUUUAAAUCCAACAAAAUAUUUGGUAUAUGUAUAGAUAAGAUAAUCUUAUGUGACUGAACUGAAUACAACCUUAAAAGGAAUGAACCUAGUAUGAUGGUUGUUGGAUUUUGAUUAUUGUUUUUAUGCAGAGAAUUGAGUUAAUAUUUUAGAUAUAAAUGGCCAUUUUCCCUUCCAGUCUUCAAGCUGAUUUGCUCUGGUAUAAUGUGCAAUUAGGAACCAAUUUAUUGUAAGUCUGCUAUUAGCCAGGCCUAUGCAUAUGGUGGUUCUAAAAUAUAUAUUUUUUGUCUGUCAAAAAUAUCAUGUAAAAUUAUGCUUAAUAUUAAGUAGAUUAAACAUAAUAGAUGUAUAUGUUUUCAAUGCAAUAGUACUAUAUUAAAUUGUGCCAAUAUAAUUCAGGAUGUCAUUGUCUAGGUUUGCCUUCUUUUUGGCCGCCUCUUGAAUCAAAUAGAAAUGUAUUUUAUCAGCAAGCAGGGUAAAUGGUGCUUUAUGAAAACUAUGCAACCGAAAUUAAAUAAAAUUAACCCGUUAAUGAAGU